CAACGCCUUUGCCUUCUUCUCCACUCGCAUCUUUCACCUUUAAAACAUAUGCACGUUGAGCCAAUCAUCUUCUUCCCCCACUCACCAUAACUAUGGACCUCACUAACUUCUUCAACUAUGGUUCCCUUCUUCUCAUUGCACCUUGCUUGCUUCCAGUUAUGGUUGGUUCAAUCGGGGUAAACUAUGGACAAAUAGCAGACAAUCUUCCACCGCCGGAAGACGUUGUGCCACUGGUGAAAUCCAUCGGAGCAACCCAAGUUAAACUCUACGACGCAGACCCCAGGGUCCUCGGCGCAUUUGCGAACACCGGCAUCGAAUUCAUGGUGGGGUUAGGCAACGAGUACUUGGACAAGAUGCGAGACCCAGCCAAAGCUCAAGCAUGGGUCAAACAAAACGUUCAGUCCCAUUUACCGGCAACCAAAAUCACCUCCAUCUUCGUCGGCAACGAGGUUCUCACGCUCAACGACUCUUCUCUCUCCGAUAACCUUCUCCCGGCAAUGCAAAGCGUCCAUGCUGCGCUGGUUAACCUCGGACUCGACAAGCAAGUCACCGUCACAACAACACAUUCAUUGGCCAUUCUUCAAACAUCGUAUCCGCCUUCGGCUGGAUCGUUCCGUGUAGACUUGAUCGAUCGUUUGUGCCAAACUUUGGGUUUUCAUCAGAAAACAGGGUCUCCUUUCUUGAUCAAUGCGUAUCCGUAUUUUGCUUAUAAGGCAAACCCCACACAAAUCCCCUUGGAUUUCGUUCUUUUUCAGCCAAAUCAAGGAGUUACCGACCCAGAAACGAAUUUACAUUACGACAACAUGUUAUACGCUCAAAUCGACGCAGUUUACUCUGCUUUAGCUUCGCUAGGUUACAGCAAACUCCCGGUUCAUAUAUCGGAAACAGGGUGGCCUUCAAAAGGAGAUGAAGACGAAGCAGGCGCUACACCGGAAAAUGCCAAGAAAUACAAUGGGAAUUUGAUUAAAUUGAUGUCGGGGAAAACAGGGACUCCAAUGAGGCCCGAUUCGGAUCUAAAUAUUUACAUUUUUGCUUUGUUUAAUGAGAACUUGAAACCAGGUCCAACUUCAGAGAGGAAUUACGGGUUGUUUAAGCCCGAUGGAACUGCUGCCUAUUCUCUUGGGAUUCGUGGAAUCAAUGUCGUCGCCGGUGGAAGUUCCGGGAAUGCCGUGACAACGCCGUCGUAUCCCACGGGUUCUUCCACUGAUUAUUUGUCGAUAUCUUCCGCAACGCAGAAAAGAUAUGGGCAUGUGGUGCUGAUGAUAGCGCCAUUGUUAUUGCUUAAAACGUUGGUUUAACAGACGGAUUCAAUUCAAGGCUCUUUCUUUGUAUCAGAUUCGUUGGUGGAGAAAAUAAAGGGUGUUAUGUUUGGUGGAGAGGGAAGGCAUCUCAUAUAAUACUAGUUUAGGUCAUAAUAAUUUGCUACAAUUAUUGUUUAUAUU